AUGGCAGAAUAUCAUCAUCGAGAUAUGCGAUCAACUGUAGUCAAUAAAUCGCAUCGUUGUAUCAAGGCCAAAUGUAAUCGUUCAUUGCCAUGGAAUCAUUCCACAUCGUAUAGUAAUGGUUUGUGUGAACGACAUUUCUUUUCCAUAGAUCUUCCAUCAAGUGAUGAUGAUGAUACUAAUAGUAAUAAUAAUUUAAUUGACGAGUUAAAAAUACUGUCGAACAAAAAAUGCAUCUAUUCAACGAAUAAUCAAUAUCAACCGUUACGCGGUGAUAUUCGAAACACGCGUGAAAUUUUUGAUGGACAUCAAUGGUGCCUUAUCGAACAAAAAAUUGAUUAUAUAUCAUCGACAAGUAAUAGUCACUUUGAUUUGUUGACGACAAAAAUUAAUAAUGAAGAGAAUUCAUUUCAAAUUCUUCGUUUAUUAUCAAAUUAUCAAAUUAUUCAAGAUGAAUUAAAAAAACGACAAGAAAAUAGUUAA